GGUUCACGUAUGAGAAGAAGCCUCCAACUGUUGUUUGCGUAUUAAUACCUCUUCCUCCUCGUGAUUCCCUUUAACAUUAACGGCAACUUCCCUUCCUCACCUUACCUUACCUUACCUCUCUCUGCCUUCCUUUAUCACACCCUCCUCAGCUACCACUUCUUCUUCUUCUUCUUCUUUAUUUUUCCAUUCUUCAAUUCCAAACACUCCAAUGCCCCUAAUCCCCGGCUCUCCUUAAUCAAGUGGUGUGAUCUGGUUUGGUGGGUGGAGAGAUGGGGAAGAAAGGAACUGGCUGGUUCUCCACUGUCAAGAAAGUCUUCAAAUCUACUCCUUCCAAGGACUACUCGCCUGCCCUCGACAACAAGAAGCAAACUGUGAAUGUGGAAAAAUGGCAGCCCAAUUCUCCAGAGGUUAUAUCAUUUCAACAAUUUCCCACACAGAUCUCUACAGAAAUAACCAACGACCAGAGCGCUCAAUCAACACCCAGGAUCGAUGGUCGAGAUCAUGCCAUUGCUGUUGCAGCAGCUACUGCGGCGGCUGCAGAAGCUGCAGUUGCAGCAGCCCAGGCUGCUGCAAAAGUUGUUCGCUUGGCUGGCUAUGGGUGGCAAUCUACAGAAGACAGAGCAGCAACUCUUAUUCAAGCUUAUUACAGAGGCUACUUGGCUCGACGAGCACUCCGUGCCUUAAAGGGGCUAGUGAGGCUACAAGCAUUAGUUCGAGGUCACAAUGUACGAAAGCAAGCACAAAUGACUAUGCGUUGCAUGCAAGCAUUGGUGCGGGUGCAGGCAAGAGUACGCGCCCGCAGGUUGCAAUUGGCAAACCAAAGUUAUCAUAAAAGAUUUGCAGAAGAAGAAGACGAAGAUGAAGAAGAUGAAGAAGAAAAAUUGUUGAAAAACAGAGUAAAGAAAUACGAGAUGGAAGGUUGGGAUGGUAGGGUUCUAAGUGUAGAGAAGAUCAAAGAAGAUUGUUCAAGAAAACGUGAUGCUCUAAUGAGAAGGGAAAGAGCUCUUGCUUAUGCUUACUCCUAUCAGCAACAACCUAAACGAAGACAAGAGGAUGGAAUUUUAGAAUUGAGUGAAGAUGUGAAUGAUUUAGGGUUUGGGCGUGAUAAGACGCAAUAUGGUUGGAAUUGGCUUGAGCAUUGGAUGUCCUCUCAACCAUGUAGCGUUCGGCAUUCCACUCCACGUGAGCCUUAUAUUACACCCACCACCACCACCACCACAGUCACAGACGACAUGUCGGAGAAGACCGUCGAAAUGGACCCCAUUGCAUUAGCCCAACUACAUUUGGAGUCCACCGAGUCGGGACAAGUAAGCUCACACUCAUCCCGACAAUCGGUUUUUAAGAACGUCCCAAGCUACAUGGCCCCGACUCAAUCCGCUAAGGCGAAGGUGAGAAGGCAAGGACCAAAAUGGAAUAAAACUACGAGAAGAGGAUCAACUUUUGGGUCGGGUUAUGAGUCGUCGAGUUCGGGUGGAGGAACGAUGGCGUAUCAAGGCCUAAGGAGCCCAAGCCCAUUGAACAAUGGGACUCGGUUGUCUCCUAUACAGAUGAUGGGCUGUGGUCCAGACCACCCAGGAGGUGAAGAUUGGGCAGUGCCGCCCCUUGGUGUCAAUAAUUGGAGGGCUGGUUUUGGUUGAUUCAGUUAUGGAACAGUCGUGUGGGGGUUAAUAAGUGAAUAUCAAACUUUAAUUACUAUUUAUUAAUUUUUAUCUUUGAAUUUAAUAAUAUAACGCCCCGAGUAUUCUGUAUUUCA